GUGGCUAUUUUCUUAAGAGUGACAGGGGGGUUUACUUAAUUUGCAUAUAAAUGUGAAUACUUUGUCUCUCCACUUUGCUCCUCACAAAACAAUAUCUAGUCCUUGGAGUUUUUAUCUCUGGUCUAAUGUCAACCAGUUAUUCAACCAAUGAUUCAACCAGUGGUGCUGACGUUGGAGUUGUAGUUGUUAUAAUCCUAGUAGUAGUUGCUGUUAAAGUAGCUAUUUUUGUUUGUGUUUGUAGAAGAAUUAAUCAAGUAAGAGGUGGAUCUAAAUCCAUUAGUUCCAUUAGUCCAGAUUCACAAUUUAUAACUCUCACAAUGGAUAAAUUUCUAAACGACAUGGAAAGGGAGAAACCAAUAAGAUUCACUGGUCAACAGCUAAGAAUUGCAACAGACAACUAUUCCAACUUGUUGGGAUCAGGUGGAUUUGGAACUGUUUACAAAGGAGUUUUCAGUAACGGGUCGAUGGUAGCUGUGAAGGUUCUUCGCGGUGGUUCUAACAAGAAAAUCGACGAACAAUUUAUGGCAGAAGUCGGAACAAUUGGUAGAAUUCAUCACUUUAAUCUCGUUAGGCUAUAUGGAUUUUGCUUUGAAAGAAACUUGAUAGCACUUGUUUAUGAGUACAUGGGAAAUGGAUCACUUGACAGGUAUUUGUUUCACGAAAAAAAGGCGUUAGAAUAUGAAAAACUUCAUGAGAUUGCAAUCGGUACAGCAAGAGGAAUUGCUUACUUGCAUGAAGAGUGUCAACAUAGAAUAAUCCACUAUGAUAUAAAGCCAGGAAAUAUUCUCUUGGAUGAGAACUUCUAUCCAAAAGUUGCUGAUUUUGGUUUGGCGAAACUUUGCAACAGAGAAAAUACUCACAUUACGAUGACCGGAGGAAGGGGGACGCCCGGUUACGCUGCACCUGAGCUUUGGAUGCCAUUUCCUAUAACUCACAAAUGUGAUGUUUAUAGUUUUGGUAUGCUAUUAUUUGAAAUUGUAGGUAGAAGAAGAAACCUUGAGAUUAAAAAUAGUGAUAGCCAAGAAUGGUUUCCAAUUUGGGUAUGGAAAAAAUUUGAUGAUGGACUAUUAGGGGAAGCAAUGAUAGUUUGUGGAAUAGAAGAGAAAAAUAAAGAGAUUGCAGAGAGAAUGGUUAAGGUAGCUUUAUGGUGUGUUCAAUAUAGACAAGAAUUAAGGCCUAUAAUGAGUGUUGUGGUGAAAAUGUUGGAAGGUUCAUUAGAAAUUCCAAAGAUUUUGAACCCUUUUCAACAUUUGUUUGAUGGAGCUAACUUUGCUACUCACUCAGUGCAAGUGUCAAAUACUUACACAACUAGUGCUACUUCUUCUUCUGUUAAGGUUAGUGAUUCUAGCAUUGUGUGUGCUACUCCAAUUAUGAAGAAAUAUGAGAUUGAAGUAGCAUCUAGCAUAGUGUGAUGGAAAUUGGAAUGCACAGGCCCCAUCAUGGGAAGGAUUUCAUGUUGUAAUUAAGUUGUAACAUAUUUUCCUUUCUACUAGUAUGGCUCAAUGGAAUCCAUUUUAUUUUAAUGUCAAUAAUUAUCAUUAGCUUUAGAGUCAUGUUUAUGAGUGGUUUUUAUGUACACCCAAUAAGUGAAGUUUUUUAUGGUCAACAAAUUGACUCACCCAAUAAGAUAUAAUUUGAGAUAGUUUGUGUUGAUGUUUUACAAGUAAUUUAAGUGUUGUAACCGGUUAAUGCGGGUAUAUAACCGGUUACAGUAAAGUCUGAAGUUCAAUCAUGUAGCAUAAAUAUUGUAUUUUUGCACGUGUAACUGUUAACCAGUUUUGUGUAGCCGGUUACCACUGAAGCUGAUUUAAUUCCAAUUUAAUUCAGUGUCAAGUGUAACCGGUUAACCACUUUGGUUAACCGGUUACAAGCGCGAUAUUUUGUGUUUUUUGUUAUUUUACUUUGUCAAUUCAGUUCUCAAUUGUAUUGUAUCUCAUAUAUAAGUGUUUAGGAUGCACAUUCAUCCUAAGUUAAUGCAAUAACAAUCUAUCACCCUCAA